CUUUCUCUCUCUUAAAAUCCUUCCUCUAUAUAUACCCGCUAUACCCACCCCCAUCCAGCAUGUUGAAUAUCUGAACACCUCUCUCUUUCUGUCUCUCCAGCCAGCUUCUUGUUGCUCCGAAUUGCGCAACGAAGAGUUUCUGAGAAAGCGAACAACAGCGAAUAGCAUUUCUCUUUUUGUUUUUUUUUUUUUGGUUCGAGUUGUUUCUCUUUGAGGAUUUUUUGUUGUUCGCAUCGAGAGAAAAAUGGCUAAGAAUGUUGGAAUCCUCGCUGUUGAAAUCUAUUUCCCUCCUACUUGUGUUCAGCAGGAAGCUCUGGAGGCUCAUGAUGGUGUGAGUAAGGGGAAAUACACCAUAGGACUUGGACAAGAUUGCUUGGCAUUUUGUACAGACGUGGAAGAUGUCAUCUCCAUGAGUUUGACAGCAGUCACUUCUCUUCUUGAAAAAUAUGGGAUUGAUCCAAAACAAAUUGGCCGGCUGGAAGUAGGCAGUGAGACUGUGAUAGACAAGAGCAAAUCAAUUAAGACUUUCCUGAUGCAAAUAUUUGAGAAAGCCGGAAAUACUGACAUUGAGGGUGUAGAUUCGACUAAUGCAUGCUAUGGUGGAACAGCAGCUUUAUUCAACUGUGUCAACUGGGUGGAGAGUAAUUCAUGGGAUGGACGCUAUGGACUUGUUGUCUGCACUGACAGCGCGGUUUAUGCAGAGGGACCAGCCCGGCCGACAGGGGGUGCUGCUGCCGUUGCCUUGCUUAUAGGUCCUGAUGCUCCCAUUGCUUUUGAAAGCAAAUUUAGGGGAAGUCAUAUGGCUCAUGCCUAUGAUUUUUACAAGCCCAACCUUGCCAGUGAAUAUCCGGUUGUUGAUGGAAAACUUUCUCAAACAUGUUAUCUUUUGGCCCUUGAUUCUUGCUACAAACAAUUCUGCAAGAAAUAUGAGAAAUUGGAGGGAAAACAGUUUUCCGUUUCUGAUGCUGACUAUUUUGUAUUCCAUUCUCCAUAUAACAAGCUUGUACAGAAAAGCUUUGCUCGUUUGAUAUUCAAUGAUGCCUUGAGAAAUGCCAGCUCCAUUGAUGAGGCUGCUAAAGAAAAGCUAGGAGCAUUUUCGACCCUUUCUGGUGAUGAGAGCUAUUCAAACAGAGAUCUUGAGAAGUUAUCCCAGCAAAUUGCUAAGCCUCUAUAUGAUGCAAAGGUGCAACCAACAACUUUGUUACCAAAACAAGUUGGAAACAUGUACACUGCAUCUCUUUAUGCAGCGUUUGCAUCUGUCAUCCACAACAAGCAUAGCACACUGGCUGGAAACCGGGUGGUGAUGUUCUCAUAUGGAAGUGGCUUAACUGCUACAAUGUUCUCAUUGCGUUUCAGUGAGGGUCAACAUCCCUUUAGCUUGGAUAACAUUGCAACUGUCUUGGAUGUUGAUAAGAAGUUGAAGUCAAGACAUGAGUUCACACCAGAGAAAUUUGUCGAAACUAUGAAGUUGAUGGAGCAUCGUUAUGGAGCCAAUGACUUUGUGACUAGCAAAGACAUCAGCUUGCUUUCCCCAGGCACAUACUACCUCACUGAAGUUGACACCAAGUACCGAAGAUUCUAUGACAAGAAGGAAGGGGAGAACGCCUCACACUGUGAGAAUGGCGUGGUUGCCAAUGGUCACUAAUAUUGGACACAUCACAAUAUAUAAUGAAAGUCUCAUUUGUGUUUUUUAGAUGCCCGUAGCAAGCAGAAUACCCCCCUUGCUUCCUCUAGAUUUGUAUGCUGAAAGCAAAUAAUUGGUUUUAGCAGGAAGUAUUGUCAUGUUAUAAUUUUUUUUUUUUUAUAAUUUUUAAUGAAGUUCAAAAUAAUCUACCUCUUCCUUUAACCAUAAAAGAGAAUUGUCUCAUCAUGAAAAAUAGUACUGUUCAAGUCCUCGAAAUUUGCCUUCCUCAACUGAGUUAAGUGUUUGUUGCCUGGUUUUAUCAGACUAUUGUAAAGUACUCUAUAACUUGGUAGAGGAAUUGAUUCUGUUCAGUGGAAUGUUUAAUUCUCUUGCUUA